AUGUCGUGCUGCUUUAACAAGUGCUCCCAGCCAUCACUGCCACUCAGCAACAAGUGCGCCUUUCAUCGCAACCGCCGUUCGUGCCAAGUCGACGACUGCCACAACCAAGUGUUUGCACGCAACCUCUGUGUUCGCCACGGCGGCAAGCGCCUCUGCAGCUACCCCGAGUGCCUGUCCAACGCGCGCAUAGCCGGUCGUUGCGCGCGCCACGGAACCGACGCGCCCAAGCGCACGUGCAACGAGGCGAGCUGCUACAGGAUCGCGCACCGGCUCGGGAGGUGCAUUCGCCACGGCGGCGGCCGCCCGUGCAAGACGCGCGCGUGCCCGACGCAUGCGCGCAGCGGCGGCUACUGUUGGCGCCACCGCCCAAGUGUCUCGUCGCCCGUGACCGCAGAGUCGCCGCAGGACCUCGAAUCGCCCCGAUGGGAAGCGCUCGACGCCCUCGAUGCGCAUAUUUUGGCCAGCGUCCUCGCAGACGUCGACCCGGGCUGCCUCGUCACGCCACAGGGUGUCCCCGCCCUGAGCGUGACAGGCUACGUGGUGGUGCUUUAG